GCGGGCGGGCGGCUCGCCCCUCGGCGGGGCCGCGCGCGCGGGGGCCGGCUCUUUGUGCGCGCGUCCCUGCCCCCAGCCCGCCGGGGGACAAUGUCUCAGCCCCGAGGCAAGAAGAGAAACCCUGGGCUGAAAAUUCCUAAAGAAGCUUUUGAGCAACCACAGACAAGCUCCACGCCACCCAGAGAUCUGGACUCCAAAGCCUGCAUCUCUAUUGGUGAGGAGAACUUUGAGGUGAAGGCCGAUGACCUGGAGCCCAUCUCCGAGCUGGGACGAGGUGCGUACGGGGUGGUGGAGAAGAUGCGGCACGUGCCCAGCGGGCAGAUCAUGGCAGUGAAGCGGAUCCGAGCCACGGUGAACAGCCAGGAGCAGAAGAGGCUGUUGAUGGAUCUGGAUAUCUCCAUGAGGACGGUGGAUUGUCCCUUCACCGUCACCUUUUACGGGGCACUCUUCCGAGAGGGAGAUGUGUGGAUUUGCAUGGAGCUGAUGGAUACCUCACUGGACAAAUUCUACAAACAUGUCAUUGACAAAGGCCUGACGAUUCCCGAGGACAUCCUGGGGAAAAUCGCAGUCUCUAUUGUAAAAGCUCUAGAACAUCUCCACAGUAAGCUCUCCGUGAUACACCGAGAUGUAAAGCCCUCUAACGUGUUGAUCAAUACGCAGGGGCAGGUGAAAAUGUGCGAUUUUGGGAUUAGCGGUUACCUCGUUGACUCUGUUGCUAAAACCAUGGAUGCAGGAUGCAAACCCUACAUGGCUCCUGAGAGAAUUAACCCGGAGCUGAACCAGAAGGGAUACAGCGUCAAAUCCGACAUCUGGAGCCUGGGGAUCACCAUGAUCGAGCUGGCCAUCCUGCGCUUCCCCUACGACUCCUGGGGCACGCCCUUCCAGCAGCUCAAGCAGGUGGUGGAGGAGCCGUCGCCGCAGCUCCCAGCAGAGAGGUUCUCAGCAGAGUUCGUCGAUUUUACCUCGCAGUGCUUGAAGAAGAAUUCCAAAGAACGGCCAACAUACCCAGAGCUUAUGCAACAUCCUUUCUUCACCCUGCACGAAUCCAAAGAGACAGACGUCGCCUCUUUUGUCAAGCUCAUCCUGGGAGACUGAGAACUGGACUUGUGAAAGAAUUGCCCUUCUGUGGACUGGAUGGAUACUGUGAAAAGUCAGGAAGGGCCAGGUGUCCUCGAUUUUUUUUCAGCCAGGGUGAAGAAAUGUGGAUUAAGUGCCUGGUAAAAGCCAAAAAAAAAAAGGUGUGUUUAAAGAUAAAUCCCAGUCUCUGUCAGAGCUGUUGAGCCAGGAUUGAAUUUUCCCAAAUCCAGGUACAGCUGCAGAGCUCUCCAUCCAUUUUUAACCCAAAUUUAGUCACAAAUCCUGCAGAAACACCUACAGCAUGGACUGUGCCUUCUGGGGGGCUUCUUGCAGGCUGGGGCUCAAAAUCCAAUAUCCCCCAACUCAGGAUUUGGCUCUGAAUAUUCCCUUUAAAAUCCAUGUGUAAAGUGAAUUUGCAGGGCUCGGCCGCUGUUUUUAUUUUGGUGAAUCGAGUGGUUUGUGCUUGGUGAGAGCUGUCCCUGUGCCAGGGGCUGCUGGAAAUAGUCACAGCAUCCAAAAGAGCUGGAAUUCUGCAUUUUUUAAUAGCAAUACAACGAGGGGAAGCUGCUAAAUAGAGCUUCUUGUAAGCUGGAAAUGUGUUGGAGUAAAAUUUAUCAUUUCUUGCAGGGGAAAAAAAAAAAACAACUCUCUAAAAUUGUCCAAAAUCUUCAAUUUAAGGAUUUACAGUUUUAUUGGCAAAGAUCCAUGUUUAGCGUCAAUAUAUGGGAUUUCUAGACUUUCUGUCUUAAGGUGUGAAGUCUGCUUUUUCUCGAGAUGGUGGGAACCUGUAACAAGAAUAUUUCUACAUAAUUUUGGCUAGGGAAAAAAAAAAACCCAAACACCAAAAUAUGAGCAAAAAAAAAAUGGAAAAGCUCCCAGAUCCCAGUGGUCUCUGGUGUUGAAGAGGGCACAUGAAUCUGUUAGGAAGGGGAAGACUUUCCAACCUGCUGUAAUGCAAGUCCUUAUUUUACUUUAUUUUUAGUUUUUUUUUUUUUUUACAGUAACAUCAUUUGGUUGCUUAACUGUGAAAGUCUCUGCUUUUCCAUCCCUGUGGAAGGCUGAUUAUUCUUUCUCAUGUUCUUCUUAUUUAUUAUUUAUCCCUUUCUGGUACUACCCAAGAGGUGCUGAAGGUAUCUCCCAGCCUGCCCUUGAGCCAUGUGGAAUCCCUGUGGUAUCUCCUAACAGCUGGGCUGGCAGUAGACAGCUAAUUACGAUUUUAAAUUAAAUUUAUAGCAACUUAGAUUGGUAUUUUUUUCGUGUCCUGGUUUGCUCUAGAAUUAGGGAUGGGGACAAGCAAUCUUGUUUUUUAAGAAAUUGUAAUUUUUUGAGUUUUCUUUUAACAUCUUGGAGGCUUCUGAAGAAACCUGCUCAUUUUUAUGUUUUUAGGGGGGGGAUGCACGAGGUGGGUUUCUUGUUCCUUUGAGAGGGGAUUGAGUAGCACCAGGGUUCAGUUUAGCUGGUAAAACGCUGUGUGCCACAUCAUGAAAACCACCCUGAAUUCUGAGAAAACAACCCCUUUCCACCUGGAAAUUAAAAUCUGGUUGGUGACAAACUUGGUUUGUCCGAGGCUCGUGCCAGGCUUUCCUCUGUCAGAUUUCCAUGGAGUUUGCUGGAGCCCUGGGUGGUCAGGAAUGGCCAAGGCAGGGCUGGGGACAGCCAGGUGUCACCUCUGGGGAUGGAGGACACGUGUCCUGCAGAAAUAAUGCAGCAGUUCAUCUGCAGCUUCUUGCUCUCCAGGGGAUGUUGAGGGGAAUCCCCUAAGUGUGGGAGAGAAUCAGGACUGGGGGCUCAAAACCCAUCAGGUUUUGUUCUUUUUAUUCCCUUUCUCCCCUUGGAAAGGUCCUUCAAAAGCUUCCCCAGCCUUUCUGAUAAAGAAUAACAGAAUCAGAGAACCACAGAGUCAUUUAGGGUAGAAAAACCUUUAAAAUCAUCGAGUCCAACCAAAAACUCAGCACUGCCAAGGCCACCACCAAGCCGUGUCCCCAAGUGCCACAUCCACACAUUUUAAGCCCUUCCAGGGAGGGUGACUCAAGCCCUUCCCUGGGCAGCCUGGGCGCUGUGGUGCAGCUGUUUUCAGACAGCUCACGCUGCUUUUCUGGUUUGUUUUCUUUCCCCAACGUAUAAGAAACGUUGGGUAGCAGAAUGUGGAAUUGAUUAGAAGUUCAUAAAGCAGGGACCUCAGAAGGAUGUGGGUAUAAAUGCUUUUCAGGCAUCCGAGGUGAACUUUAAAUGGAGCUUUGGCCCUCAUUUGCUUUCUGCUUUUCAAAAACCAUUUAUGAGAAAGUGGAGCUGUCAAAGCCAUGCAUGAACUUUGCCUUCUUGCAAAUAACUUGUCUCAAAGUAAAUUGUCCAAAUGCACAAGAAACUUGUCUCAAAGUAAAUCCAGUAGCUCUACAAAGCUGGAAUUAUGUGCAUUAGAGAGUGUGAGGUGUGUGUGUGUGUGUGUGUGUGUGAGCACGCGUUGUGCUUGGGGGGAGUAACUCAACCAUUUUGAGAUUUACAAAAACACAAUGCAAGUGCUUUUGGAAAAAAAAAAAAAAGGCAGCGUAAAAUAUUUAUUUCUUGGCAGAAGUACAUCAGACCACAUCUCCCAUCCUUCUUUUAAUUGCUUGGUGUUUGUUUGUGUUGUGUCAGGCUUUGCUGGUUUCCUCUGCAGGGCUCUGUCACCUCACACAACCCCAGUCUCAGCCAGGGCACAGGGCAGCUCCAGCUCCUCGGGAGAGCCCUGGGGUGCAAGCAGGGCACCAAAGGCAGAGUUGGUGUUGGGUUAAAGGCAGCACAGUGCAACGUGGGUGAUUUUCAGUUUUCAGCCUUGUCGAGGGAACUCUUUCCUCGUGAGAAUCCGAACCACCACAGCCUGAGGCAGCACCCCGAAUCACAGCCUUGGGGAGGGUGGGUUGGCCAGACAGAGCAGCUUGGAGGGUGUUAGGUGGCACUGACGUGGGUGUGAGGUGGCACUGGGUGGUUGGCAGUGUCCUGUGGGCUUUGCCCCGGGUUUGGAGCUGCCCCGUGCGGGGUGGGCGCUCCGAGCUCCCAUUCCCAGCCAGGUGCAGACACUGCCAAGUCCCAUCAGUCACACUCUGCCAAGCUCCCAGGCUUGUCCCCGUGCUCCAGAGCCCUUCCGUGCUCACCUGGCUGCCCACCUGCACAGCUGCACGUCCCCUCCCCUUGGCUCCACCUGCAACACUCCCCUGUGCUGUCUUCACCCAUCUCAGUGCUGUUCCUCGUGCUCUGGGGAUGAGCAGGAGCAGCAGAGUGACAGUAGGACCGUGUGUGUAACGUUUGAGAGGCUUUUACUCCGUGUUGUUGUUUUAAUGAGAUGCUUUUAGGAUCCCUGCUGAACUGGUAUUCUUUAACCUUCACUGCCACAGAUACUUUCCCCCCACUCUCUUCACUUCAAUCAGAUUGGCAAAAUACAUUUGACUUGAAAACAAAAAAAACCCCAAACAACCCCAAACCCUGCUGAUGGGAUAGGUUACUCCUCUUUACUGUGCUUUGAUUUGAUUUCUCAGGAUACUCAGAGGUUUUUCACUGCUGCUGAGAGGGGACAGUACACCUUUUUGGAGACUUCAACCACUGUAACAUUUUUCCAGAUGUGUGUGUGCGUGUGCGUGUGUGUAACCCAGCACUGUGCGUGCGUGUGUUCUGCUGAAUAUCGUGUGCAUCUCUGAAAUGCUUCAAACAACUGCCUGGAAGUCAAAAACCAACCACCUCUUUCCAGUCAUAUGUUUGCCGUGACUUUUCAUAACCACACUUGAAACUAGUGGUCUUGGAUGGAAAAAUUCAAAGAGCAGGGCAUCUUUAUAGCAAUGGUAUGUCAGUCGAAUUACGGAAAAUGUACACAAAAAUAAAUAAAUGAAAUUUAAAAGUAACGUUC